AUGACUGAAGAGGCUACCCUACAUCUCGAAUAUCGCGGUCGUGUUGCCAUCUUGACUAUCGACAAUGAGCGUAAACUCAAUGCCUUCAAUGCUGCGCAAUAUUACGAUCUUGCUCAAAAGUUGCGAGAGAUUGCUACACAUGAAGAAGUUUUCACUACGGUGAUCUUGGCAAAGGGUCGUUACUUUUCGGCAGGGGCUGAUGUCGGCGUUACUCGAAAGACGCCUGGUGAAGAUCCCAAUUCGCAUAAGCAAUUAUUACAAACAUUCGUUGCCAAUAACUUGAACAUCACUCACGCCUUCGCAACCCAUCCCAAGGUUCUCGUCGUGGGUCUCAAUGGACCCGUGGUAGGCCUUACAGCUGCUCUCAUCGCCUUUGCAGACUUUAUCUACAGCGCGCCAUCAACAUUCCUCCUCACACCUUUCUCAUCCAUCGGCCUUGUCGCCGAGGGCGGUGCGUCGCGAGCUCUGGCUCUACGCCUUGGACCUGCACGAUCAAACGAGGCAUUGCUCAUGAGCCGUCGCAUUCAGUCCAAGGAACUGGAAAGCUGUGGUUUUGUCAAUGCCAUAUUCGACGAGGGUAAUGAUGUCAAGUUCAGGGCGAGGGUGUUGCGUGAGGUUGAUGAGAGGUUGGGCGAUCAUCUCAACGGCGAGAGUCUGAUCGGGAUCAAGAAGCUCGUUAGAAAGCCUGAGCUGGAUAUCAUGCAUACGCAGAACGUACACGAGGUUUUUGCUGGGCUGGAGAGGUUCAUGACGGGUGUUCCUCAGGAAGAGUUCGCAAAGCUUGCGAGCGGUGCGAAGCGACACAAGCUGUGA